AUGGCUCGAUUUAAGGGUCGCUUUGUACGACAGCAGGAGAAAGACCGACGUGUACAGUUAUCUGAACUCGUUUCCGAUAGAAAUGUAGCCGAUCAUACAAAAAACACAGAAACUACGGACACAUACCAGUCUAUCUGGCUACCAGGAGAAAGACGGAUAUUUGAGCCAUACCAAGUUUCAAAAGAUUUGAAAGCAGGAUGCACCGACUGUGGGAGCACCUUGCAUAUUACAGACAUAGUGACUAAGACAAAUUGUGGUUUAGGUUUAAUAAUGUAUAUUCUUUGCGAAUGUGGAAGUAUGAAUGCUAUCAAAUCAGGAAAAGUCCAUCAUGAUGCUGCAAAGUUUAAAACCAGACCCAUCUUUGAUAUUAAUUCUAAAGCUGCAAUUGCAAUGUACGACACUGGAUUGGGAGAACACAAAACAAACAGAUUUUUAGCAGAUUUAAAUAUUCCUGGAAUCAGUGCAUCAUCACUGGCGAAGCGUGAAAAAGAAGUUUCAAGAUCGAUCAAAAAAGUUACCGAUGAGUCGACAGAUCAUUAG